CACGCCGCCUCCCAUCUCCUACAAACCAAUUCCAAGCCGCACUGGGGACGAUUCAGAGUCACUUUUUAGGCCGAUAAUUUAUUUCUACAACAUCAGUACAUAGCAAAAGCUACACAACCGCAACAAUGUCGUGGGCGGGAUUCAAGAAAAAUGUGAAUCGCGCGACGACGACGGUGAUGAUGAAGACGGGUCAUGUCGAAAAGACCAACGAUCGAGAUUAUGAAGUAGAAGAGAGGCGGUUCAAAACCAUGGAAGCAGCAGCUCUGCGGUUACAAAAAGAGUCCAAAGGCUACCUAGAUUCGUUGCGAGCCAUGACCGCUUCACAAAUGCGCAUUGCCGAGACUAUCGAUGCCUUUUACGGAGACAGUGGCGCCACGGAUGGUGUUAGCAGAAGCUACAAGCAAGCCGUGGAAGAUCUCGAUGCCGAAACUAUCAAAGCCCUCGACGGCCCCUACAGAAGCACCGUCCUCGAACCAAUCUCUCGAUUCUGCGCAUACUUCCCCGAUGUCAACGAAUGCAUAAAGAAGCGCUCCCACAAACUGCUCGACUACGAUGCGCUGCGUGCCAAGGUCAAGCGCCUCACAGAAAAGCCCGACAAGGAUGCAACUAAGCUGCCGAGAACCGAGAAGGAGCUCGAUAUGGCCAAGAUCAUGUAUGAACAGCUCAACGAGCAGCUUAGCACAGAACUGCCGCAACUUAUUGAAUUGCGUGUACCUUACUUGGACCCCAGUUUCGAGGCCCUCGUCAAGAUCCAGCUCCGCUUCUGCGCCGAGGCAUACUCAAGAAUGGCCCAGGUACAACAGUAUCUUGAGGCAGAUACAAGAGACCUCUACGCUGAGGGCCACUUGGAUGCCAGAGUAGAGGAAGUGCUUCAAGAAAUUCGGGAGCUGAGCAUUAGCGGCACAGUAUAAUGGAUGGGGUUUAAUUUUGCAUUCAAGAAUCGGCGCUUGGGUUGACUGUUUAUAACAUAGAAUAUAUCACCUUUCGUACACUUACUACACACUUCGUGAGAAGCUAUGAUCCUCUAGCAAUGACGUGAAUGACUGUUUGAAAAAAAUAUAUUUGAUGACCCGCUAAAACAAAAUGCAUUUCCUAUGCUCCAAAACGCCAGCUGCCAAUGGUCCAGGGUCAAUUUCCCAACUUCAGACGAUAGCCCACAACCACAUGUAUUAUUUGGCGGCCUGGCUUGCAAACAGCUCAUUCAGAGUUAAAGAGCGGCCAAUGGCUUGGGUGGCAGGGCCAGCUUCGGUCACUUGCUCUUGAACAGUGGUCGCCAAUCUAGCAACCUUCCAGCUCUCUUGGAUCAUGGCUCCGUUGAUUUCUCUUGUUUGUUCUUUAUCAUUGUGAAUCCAAACACCCAGGAUUUGUUCGCCGUUGGCCCAGUCUUCAUCCACCUUCAAAAUGACGAACUCGCCGGUGAUUUCAACGUGACUAACUUUGGCCAAGUCAACGACGACAUUAUCCAGGCUGCGACGGCUGAGCACGAAGACGCAUGCACGUGCUCUCUGUUCAGGGUCUUCAGGGAGAGGGGAUUGUGCGCAGACAAAUAGUGUUCCCUCGAUGCCCGACUUCACCCACUCGUUGUCGUAUGUGUAGAUGACGGCGUUGGCGGCGAUGCUGAGAAUGCUGUGGAUGGAUGGGAGGUAGUGCUGUAGCACAGAUAGGUUGAGAUCUGUGUUUGUUCGAGUGGGCGGAGGGGGAGCGUAGUUUUGGUUCAUCAUGGCCGCAUCCGACUCGUAAUCAGAUAUCGCGGCGAUGAGGUUGGAAGGCUGGCGGCGAUGCCGCGUCUUACGCGGCGUGGCGCGACUCAUUGGGCUCGGAUAAGGAUUUCGUUUGUCGUUUUAUUUCAAUAGUAAUGCAGGUGGCUAAUUAUGUGCGGCAAAUGA